CAAUGGGAAUCUCACUAGUUUGAUCAAUCUGUGCACUCUUCUUAUGUACCCUCCUUCUCCUUAUAAAGAGGAAAGAAUUUGAAAAUCCUUCUACAGUUAAUUUAAAAGACAAUCAAUUCUGGGACGAAAUUUUUGUGAGUAGCUUCAAGGUGUCAGAACUGAUUCUGAAGAAAAAGAAGCUGAUUCAGAUAUGCUAUAAGUAUGUAAUAAAAGAUAUAAUGCAAAGCUAGUCAACAAUUUCAUGCUACUAUGUAGUUCCCUCUAGCCUCUACUUUGGCAUUUGAAUGUGUCAUCUUUUUAUCUUGGUGGUUCUUCAGAUAUCAAAGGUUCAAAGCUAAUUUGUUUCAAUCUAGAAGCUUGUAAGAAAGAAGCAGAACUGCAAGCAAGAUGUGGAAUGAAAGCCAAAAUUCUUCAGAGGAGAGGAAACUGGAGCUUAGACUUGGUCCACCUGGUGAAGAGCCAAUCAAUGAAAACAUGAAAAGUGUUAACAGAGAAAGAGGAGAAUCACCACUCACUCUUGGUUACUCCACAUGCCAUCAACAACAUAGUCCUCACCAGGCUAAAGCUAAAGCUUCAUCAUUUCUUCAGCUCUCAUCAAGCCCACAGAACAUGCCAGUGAUUAGAAAGAACGUUUCACAACCCUGUGGUGAAGACUUGCUGAAUGCAGAGAAGAAUACAUUUUCAAUAUCUUCUGCAAAUACAGCAGUGCUCAAUAGGUCCCAGAAAAGAACUGCUUCUGGUUCAGUAGUGGGUUGGCCUCCAAUUCGUUCGUGCAGGAAGAACCUUGCAAGUGGAAGCUCUUCUAAGCCGCCUUCCGGGUCCCGACAACACCAGCAUCAUGUGGUUCCAGACAAGGUUGCUGGUAAGAAACCUGUUGAAACCUCUGAUAAAGCUUUGUUUGUGAAGAUCAAUAUGGAUGGAGUUCCCAUUGGGAGAAAAGUGGACAUCAAUGCUUAUAACAGCUAUGAAAAACUUUCCUAUGCUGUUGAUGAGCUAUUUAGAGGCCUGCUUGCUGAGAUGAAUUUAUCUGAUAUUGUCUUUUCCCACUGCUGUUUUGCACCAAAAGAUUCCUCAGCUGGUGGAAUUCACAACAAGCUGCAGAAAGUGGAAGAGAAAGGCAUAAUGGGUUCUUUGAUUGGAAGUGGGGAAUAUACUCUUGUGUAUGAGGAUAAUGAAGGAGACAGGAUGCUUGUUCAGGAUGUGCCAUGGCACAUAUUCGUAUCAACAGUGAAGAGGCUGCGGGUGUUGAAGAGUUCUGAUCAAUGAUUGAAGAAAGGAUCAUGUUCUCUUUUGGUAGUAAACAAAGAGUAGAUACACCACCACUUGACUCGGCAAUGAAAAAUGAAGGAUAUGGGGAAUUAAAGAGUUGACAUUUUGGUUCUUUUCUGUAUUGAAGAUUAAGGAAUGAAAUGUUCAACUUACAAGAGGUUAAAGCAUCUCGAAUGCUAGAUUAUUAGUUCUUAACACUAUUUAUGUAGCUCAUACUCCCACAUGUGCUUAAGUAACUUUUACCGAUUUUGCUUCAAUCACGGGUUCUUAGUUCUUAA